AUGGCGUCAGGCAAAGUAAGCUUGAAGCUUCUGGUCGACAAGAGCAACCGAACGGUGCUCUUUGCUGAAGCAAGCAAAGAUUUUGUCGACUUCCUCUUGCACAUCCCCGCGCUGCCGGUCGGGACGGUGGUCCGGCUCCUUGCCCAAACCGGGAUGGCGGGCAGUGUAGGCAAUCUCUACGGCAGUAUCGAGAAACUGAACGAGGUGGACAUCACGUCUUCCAAGAAAGACGUCCCGUUGAAACCCAAAGCACCCGCCUUUCUCUCGGCAAUCCCAUUUCUAUCGCCUUGGACAUCGUCCUUAGACUCAACUCCGAAAACCUACUACAGGUGCCCUUACCAUCCAGACUAUGUCGCUGAGGACCCUUCCGCAAAAUGUCCUCAGUGCGAUCAUUCCAUGAACAACACAUUCAUUCUUGUCCAAUCGCCGGCUGGUAAACUGACGGCUGCUGCGGCAUCAGCAGCUGAGUCAGACGGUAAGGGCGGUUUUGUGCAAGGGGUGGCGACGUACAUGGUGAUGGACGAUCUGGCGGUCAAGCCGAUGUCGACUAUUUCGAGCAUUACUAUGCUGAACCAGUUCAACGUGAAGGAGAUUGGGCAUCUUGAGGAGAAGGUGAUCAGCUUUGGAAUGGAUGAGGGCAUGAAGUUGUUGAGGGCUUCAUUUCACUCCAAGAAGGUUCUCACUAACGUCUUCCUCGGGGAGAAGUGA